AUGCCCCCCCAUCAGCAGCCAACGCAGCAGCAGCAGCAGCAGCAGCAGCAGCAGCAGCAGGCGAAGCAGCAGCAGCAGCAACAGCUGCAGCAGCAACCGCCGCAGCAACAGCAACUGCAGCAGCAACAGCUGCAGCAGCAACAGCUACAGCAGCAACAGCUACAGCAGCAACAGCUACAGCAGCAACAGCUGCAGCAGCAACAGCUGCAACGACAACAGGUACAGCAGCGACAGCUGCAGCCGCAGCAGCUGCGGCAACCGCAGCAGCAACAGCAACAGCUGCCGCAGCAGCAGCUGCAGCAGCAGCAGCUGCAGCAGCAACAGCAACAGCUGUCGCAGCAACAGCUGCAGCAGCAGCAGCUGCAGCAGCAACAGCAGCAGCUGCCGCAGCAACAGCUGCAUGCCGCGGGGCUGCAGCAGCAGCAGCACUUUGCUGCUGCUGCUGCUGCUGCUGCUGCUGCAGCUGCUGCAGCUGCUGCUGCUGCUGCUGCAGCUGCUGACUGCCAGCAGAUGGGGAAAACUGAAAUGGAGCAGGGAGAUGCUCUGCAGCAGCAACAGCUACAGCAGCAGCAGCUGCAGCAGCAUCAGCUGCAGCAGCAACAGCUGCAACGACAACAGGUACAGCAGCGACAGCUGCAGCCGCAGCAGCUGCAGCAACCGCAGCAGCAACAGCAGCAACUGCAGCAGCAGCAGCAGCAGCUGCCGCAGCAACAGCUGCAUCAGCAGCAGCUGCAGCAGCAACAGCAGCAGCAGCAACAGAUGCAACAACAGUAUCUGCAACAGCGACUCCUGCAGCAGCAGCAGCAGCAGCAGCAGCAGCUGCACCAGCAGCAGCUGCAACAACUGCAGCAGCAACAGCUGCAGCAGCAACAAAUACAGCAGCAGCAACUGAGAAAGGGCUGCAGGGGCGACAGAGUCGCUGCUGCAGGUACUGUUGUUGCAUCUGUUGCUGCUGCACCUGUUGCUGCUGCUGUUGCUGCUGCAGCUGCUGCUGCUGCAGCUGUUGCUGCGGCAGCUGCUGUUGUCAUGGCGUCGUGCAGCAGCAGCAGCAGCAGCAACAGCAGCAGCAGCAGCAGCAGCAGCAACAGCAUCUUCCUGCUCCAUUUCAGUUUUCCCCAUCUGCUGGCAGUCAGCAGCUGCAGCAGCAAGCUGUUGCUGCUGCAGCUGAUGCUGCUGCAGCUGCUGCUGCUGUAG